AUGGAUAACUCCGGAAAUUCACAAGAUGUGGUUGUGCCACCUGUUGAAGGUGUUGCUGGAGGUGGUACAUCUUACGGGUGGAAUAAUGGUGACACACAUGAUUUGAAUCACCUCAAGGGGCCAAUUGACCCUACAGAAAUUCCAACUAGGGAUUUAGUGCAUGUUUGGAGCAUGCCAAGUACAGCGAACGUUGGAUCUCAAGAAAUGCCUAGACAUUUCGAGCCUAUAAACCUGCUUGCAGCUAGAAAUGAGAGGGAGAGUGUGCAAUUAGCUAUUCGACCAAAGGUUUCAUGGGGUGGUUCUGGUGUUGCUGGGACUGUGCAAGUUCAGUGCAGUGACCUAUGCUCUUCUUCCGGAGACAGACUGAUUGUUGGAAAAUCACUAUGUUUGCGGCGGGUGGUGCCCAUUUUAGGUGUGCCUGACGCUCUUGUUCCCCUUGAUCUUCCAGUUGGUCAGAUAAACCUAUUACCAGGGGAGACUAGUGCUCUUUGGAUUUCGGUUGAUGUUCCAAGUGCUCAACCUCCAGGACAAUAUGAAGGAGAGAUUCUCAUUACUGCUAUAAAAACAGAUUCAGGAUCUCCAGCUCAAAGUUUAAGCAAGGUUGAGAAACAUCAAUUGUAUAAGGAGCUUAAGGGGUGCCUUGACAUUGUUGAUCCAAUAGAUGGAACACCAUUAGAUGAAGUGGUUGAAAGGUUGAAGUCUUCAACUAUAUCAUUAAGAAGGAUUCUUCUGUCCCCAUCAUUUUCUGAAUUCUCUUCAGAAAAUGAAUCACCAGAUGUAAUGGAAGAGGAUGCCAUUUCAAGUCUCUCUCUACGGCUGAAGUUAAAUCUCACUGUCUGGGAAUUUGUACUUCCCGAAACUCCUUCCCUUCCUGCCGUAUUUGGUGUAUCUGAUACUGUAAUUGAGGAUCGCUUUGGCGUUAAACAGGGGACAGAUGAGUGGUAUGAGGCAUUGGAUAAACAUUUCAAGUGGCUUCUUCAAUAUAGAAUCAGCCCCUAUUUUUGCAAAUGGGCUGAUGGUAUGCGAGUUUUAACAUACACAUGUCCAUGGCCAGCGCAUCAUCCAAAAUCAGAUGAAUAUUUUUCAGACCCACGGUUGGCAGCAUAUGCUGUGCCAUAUAAACAAGUAGUCUCCGGUAACGAUGCGGGGAAGGAUUUCUUGCAGAAACAAGUUGAGAUAUUGAGAACCAAGAAUCACUGGAGAAAAGCUUACGUUUACUUGUGGGAUGAGCCACUAAAUUUGGAACACUAUGAUUCUCUCCGGAACAUGGCAAGUGCCAUUCAUGCUUAUGCUCCAGAUGCUCGUAUUUUAACCACAUACUAUUGUGGGCCAAAUGAUGCACCUCUUGCACCUACUCCAUUUGAGGCUUUUGUAAAAGUUCCAUGUUUUCUACGUCCUCAUAAUCAAAUUUAUUGUACAAGUGAAUGGGUCUUGGGAAAUCGAGAGGACCUGGUCAAGGAUAUUACUGCUGAAUUACAACCAGAGAAUGGUGAGGAAUGGUGGACAUAUGUCUGUAUGGGACCAUCAGAUCCUCAUCCAAAUUGGCACCUUGGAAUGCGAGGCACUCAACAUCGGGCUGUCAUGUGGCGUGUGUGGAAAGAGGGUGGCACGGGAUUUUUGUACUGGGGUGCCAACUGCUAUGAGAAAGCAACUGUAGCCAGUGCAGAGAUAAAAUUCAGGCACGGCCUUCCUCCUGGGGAUGGAGUUCUGUACUACCCUGGUGAGGUAUUCUCAACUAAUGAACCAGUGGCUUCACUCAGACUUGAGCGCCUACUCAGUGGCUUGCAGGAUUUCGAAUACCUGAGACUUUAUGCUUCAAGAUAUGGUAGGGAUGAAGCAACUGCGCUUUUGGAUAGAAUGGGAGUUUAUUUUGGUCCUGAGCGUUACACACACGAACACAUGCCAAUUGAUGCAAUGAGGGGUCAAAUAUUCAAUUCGUGCCGGUAG